CCCACUUGAGAAUCUUCAAAAGGGACCUCAUUCAUUUUUGUCGCCACUCUCACGCGACCUAAGCCCCCCAUCCCAUCACCGAGCACUUUCACUCUCCAGAGUCACUCACUGGAACGAGAACUUUUCUGCCUGUUUGUUCCUUUUCAGCAUCCCCCUCCUCCUCCCUUACUUUCUCCUCUCAAAUCUUUGUCGCUCCUUUAUUCCGCCUCAAUUGAGCCGCCCAUAACAACACAAACCCCCGACGUCAACCAUCCAGUGUACAUUUCGUCGAACCAAACACAACAACAAUUGGGAAGGAAGAAUAAUAAAAAAAACUACCAUUUUCAACAAAAAAUAACAGUCGCACUGCAUAGAUGAACUUGACGAAUUCAACUACCUCUCCUUCCCCUCCCGCCUCAUUCUUGAGGCCUCUUCCGCCUCUCAUCUCGGGGGUGCCAGACUCAAUUGUUCUUGUUAUUCUGCCUAUAGCCGCUUAUUGGGCUCUCUCUCUUUUCUUCCACUUUCUCGAUGUCCAUGAUCUCCUUGCUUCGUACCGCCUACACACACCCGAAGAAGUCCUCAAAAGAAACCACGUAACUCGCCGUGAGGUAGUGCGGGAUGUAAUAGUGCAACAGAUCAUACAAACCAUCGUGGGGCUUGCCAUCGGUGUGUCGGAGCCAGAGGAAAUGAUUGGAGGGGAAUGGUGGGAGAUAAUGGGCUUGUAUUCGAAGUUUAUGGGAGACUGGAGAUACAAACUCGUGGAAAUUGUCUACUGGUAUCUUUUGCCUGCUGCUCGCUUCUGGGUUGCAAUCUUCAUCAUGGACACAUGGCAGUACUUCUUGCACAGGCUCAUGCACGAGGUUAAAUGGCUUUACAAAACCUUUCACUCUCGUCAUCAUCGCCUUUAUGUUCCUUACGCGUUCGGCGCUCUCUACAACCAUCCAUUCGAAGGUCUCCUCAUGGACACGAUUGGAGCAGGAAUCGCCUACAAGAUAUCAGGUCUUAGAAUCCGCGGCGCUAUGACCUUUUUCACAUUUUCGACCAUGAAGACGGUUGACGAUCAUUGUGGAUACGCCUUGCCUUUCGAUCCCCUGCAGUACUUUUUCUGGAACAACGCAGGGUACCAUGAUGUGCACCACCAAGGCUGGGGCAUCAAGACAAACUUCUCACAACCUUUCUUCAUCUGCUGGGAUCGUUGGCUUGGAACUCAAUGGACUGGCGGCGACGUAUCAGCCCGCUACGCUUCAUCCCGCGAGAAAGCUGCAGAGGAACCCGAGAAAGAUGGUAUUAUACCAGAGCAAAAGGGAAAUAUUACCGCAACAAUUCCCCAGAAAGGAGCAAAUUCCACUGCCUACAUGAGCAGCGGGCGAACCAAUGGCCUAAAGCCAAGAAUACCGAAUGGGAAGCCAAAAGUGCAGGCCGACGAGUCGAGGCGACGGGUCCUCGACACAGAUUGUUUAGGCGUAUCACGAGAGGAGGGGAACGAAGAAACCGCCGUCGGGAAUGUACGUUACUGGGCUCGAGUCAAUGGGAGCGUUAGGUAGACCGACGUCUCACCCAUGGGAUCCAAUAAAUGUUGAAAAAUCUUGUUUGCCGGGAAAAAAAUGAUUUGUCUGGGCGUACUGGGGAUCGGAUUGGAUGGGACGGUGUGGAUAGGGAAAGCUAAGGUGUGGUUGGGGGUUUAUGUGAAAGAGUAGCACUAUUAUCUUGGAUUUGUGUUUCUUGUUCUUUUUUGUUUGCCCCCUUGAGAUUAUUUUCGUCUGCUUUUGUUUCCAAAUCCUGCGGUUCUUCACUCCCCAAUAUCACGCCUCCGUUCCUAUCACCUGCCUAUCUACGACCCUUAACCCUGACUUUUUAAGUUUACCGUCACUUCAAUCCCUUGUUUUUAUCAAACACUUUUCAUCAUGUCUCUCUUCCCCUUUUGAAUUAUCAGUAAUAGGACGAUCGAUAGGUCCAGCAGACCAACUAAUGAUUCACUCCCCUCCCCUUCCCUCCCCCUUGUUCCUAUACCAACGAGGAAUCUUGAUGAUACCCCACGGUGCCUUUCAUACAUUCAUUGAAACCGUGACGCUCUGUGUACCCAUGGCCCUAAUAACCCUGUGUUCCAUUUUUUUCCAUUUUUGGCCAUACUCAUGUAUUAUCACACUUUGCUAUGGAUGGGAUUCUUAUUUACUUAUUCCUUCUUGCUUGUUUUUUUUUUUGUGUAGCUCUUGAGCAUGAUUUCUUUCUUUUUUGGAAUGGAGUUUGGUAUUAUUAUUUUUUCUCUCUUGUCCUAUUGCCCGAAGUUGAUGUCAAGGAAGUUGGAAAUGUGUAAGCGUGUAGUCUUAGUUAGCUUAUCAUAGUCGGAAUACGUACGUU